GGCUAUGCGGUGCCGGGCUUAAGCUCCAGAGAGUUGCCUUCCACGGGGACCGGCAGAGGAGCGGACAAACAUGAAGACCAAUCCUGCUAUCCAAGCUGCCAUCGACCUCACGGCAGGAGCUGCAGGGGGCACAGCAUGCGUGCUGACUGGGCAGCCCUUCGACACGAUGAAAGUGAAGAUGCAGACAUUCCCCGACCUGUACCGGGGCCUCACCGACUGCUGCCUGAAGACCUACUCCCAGGUGGGCUUCCGCGGCUUCUAUAAGGGGACCAGCCCAGCACUGAUUGCCAACAUCGCUGAGAACUCUGUCCUCUUCAUGUGCUAUGGCUUCUGCCAGCAGGUGGUGCGAAAAGUGGUCGGACUAGACAGACAGGCCAAGCUGAGUGAUCUGCAGAAUGCAGCUGCUGGAUCCUUUGCCUCUGCCUUUGCCGCACUGGUGCUUUGCCCCACCGAACUCGUGAAGUGCCGGCUGCAGACCAUGUAUGAGAUGGAGACAUCGGGAAAGAUAGCCAAAAGCCAGAAUACAGUUUGGUCUGUCGUGAAGAGUAUUCUUAGGAAGGACGGCCCCUUGGGCUUCUACCAUGGACUCUCUAGCACUUUGCUUCGAGAAGUACCUGGCUAUUUCUUCUUCUUCGGUGGCUAUGAACUGAGUCGAUCGUUUUUUGCAUCGGGGAGAUCCAAAGAUGAACUAGGCCCUGUUUCUUUGAUGUUAAGUGGUGGAGUUGGUGGAAUUUGCCUCUGGCUGGCUGUGUACCCCGUGGAUUGCAUCAAAUCCAGAAUUCAAGUUCUUUCCAUGUCUGGAAAACAGGCAGGAUUUAUUGGCACCUUUUUAAGUGUUGUGAAAAAUGAAGGCAUAACAGCCUUAUAUUCUGGACUGAAGCCCACCAUGAUCCGAGCAUUCCCUGCUAAUGGGGCGCUCUUCUUGGCCUAUGAGUAUAGCAGGAAGCUGAUGAUGAGCCAGUUUGAAGCUUACUGAUGUUUCCCGGCAGGCCUAGAUCCAAGUGCAGGUGUCUGAGGACGACAAUUCAUCUCAGGGUUUCUUGGAGUACAAGAUGAGCAUGGAAGUAUUUUGAUUUCUUGGGAAUUUGUUUUUGUCUUUCCUUCUGCUCUAAAUCUUAAACUGAAUGGAAGGACCU